AUGUCAUCUCCGUCCAUUACUUUAAGCCGCAUUCUUGCGGCGGCCCCGACUUCGGCGAGAGCAGAAUCGGUGCAGCUGUCUGCUGAUCCAAAGGGCCAACGAUUAGCUUACGCGUCUGGAAAAACCAUCUAUGUUCGCUCGAUCGAUAACCCCGACGAUUGCAAGGAAUACACUGGGCAUAAGUAUCCCACGACCAUUGGUCGGUUUUCGCCUAGCGGUUUCAAAGUCGCCAGCGGUGACAGCAGCGGAUCGCUUCAUGUGUGGGAGCCCGAGAACAUCAGCAAAACACAGGGCGAAUUUUCGAUCAUUGCCGGCCCUCUGAACGAUAUUGCUUGGGAUGGUGAAUCUAAGCGUUUGAUAGCUGUCGGAAAGGGCAAGUCCACUUUCGGCCGCUGUAUCACAGCAGAUACCGGUAACACGGUAGGACAAAUCACUGGACACACAAUGGCCAUCAAUGCCGCCACCAUAAGACACCAGCGUCCCUUCCGUGCCGCAACUGUUAGUGAUGAUGGUGCCAUGGGCUUCUAUAAAGGAGUUCCUUACGAACUUGACCAGACCCACAAUUUGCGCAAGGGAUUCAUGCUUGCAACCUCAUUUUCUCCUGAUGGGUCCAUUCUUGCUACUGUGGGCUCUGAUAAGAAGAUACAUCUUUACGACGGAAAGACUGGAGAGCCGGUCAAGGAUAUUGGCGAAGGCGAGCACACUGGCAGCAUUUAUGGCAUCUCUUGGUCACAGGAUGGCAAAAAGAUUGCUACUGCGAGUGUGGACCAGACAGUGAGACUGUGGGAGGUUGAUACAGGCAGCUUGAUUCAGACUUGGAAGUUUGGCGAGGGUGUCAGCAUCCGUGACCAGCAGUUGGGCGUCGUCUUCCCCCAUGGUCGAACAGACGGCCUCAUCAUCAGUAUCAAUUUAGCCGGAGAGCUCACUUACCUACAAGAAGGCAAGGAGGAGCCUCUUAAAGUUCUCCAGGGCCACCAGAAGAGCAUUACCGCUCUCCAUGGCUCAUCUGAUGGGAAGGGCUCCGCUUUGUGGUCAGCUAGUUUUGAUGGGCGCGUUUGCCACUGGGACAUCAAGAAGGGCGCUGCCAGUGUUGUGGACGGCGUGCCUCAUACUAAUCAAAUUGUGCAAAUGGCGGCACACGCAGGCAAGAUCUACACCGCUGCGUGGGACGAUACGGUGAAAACCGUGGACGAAUCUGCCGUGACAUAUGUUGGCAAGCCAAUUAAACUCCCUGCGCAGCCAAAAGGCGCCAGUGCAUCUGGCGACGUGCUUUAUGUCGCCACAGUUAAAUCUAUUGCGGCAUACUCUAACGGAGAGUUGCUCAAAGAAACAGAACUCAAGUAUGCUCCGACGUGUAUUGCCGCUUCCGGCAACUUGGUUGCUGUUGGAGGAGACCAACAUUCGGUUAAGGUGUACACGGCGGGUUCUGAUGGAUCUUUGGAGGAGCUCCAAACGCUGACUUCAACUGGCGGAACCUCAUCUGCACUUGCGUUUUCCAAGGAUGGCUCACAUUUGGCUGCGGGGGAUACUCUUGGCAAGAUUUAUCCAUAUAAUACCAAAACCUGGGAAGUGGCCGCCAAUCGCUGGUCCGCACAUACAGGGCGUGUGACCUGCAUCGCCUGGGACGACACUGGUGCAUACGCGGCGAGCGGUAGCCUGGACACGAACAUUUUUGUCUAUUGCCUGGCGAAGGAUAAACAAGGAAUCCGAACCAAGGCGCCGAACGCGCACAAAGACGGAGUCACUGGCAUUUGCUGGAUAGAGGGCGGGCAGCUUGCGAGUGCAGGAGCAGAUGCAAACAUCAAGAUCUGGAACCUCGAGAACUUGCCUUGA